CCGGCCGCGGUCCCGCCCCGCUCCCGCCCCGGCGCCGCCGGCGGAGCCAGCGCGGAUCGGCCCAGCAUGGAGGGGACGCGGCGCGCCCUGCUCCGCCUCGCCGCCGCCUGCUGCCUGCUCUGCGCCCUGCCAGGAGAGGGGCAGAAGACAGCAGAAACUUUGGUGACACCGUCACCUUUUCUCAGCACGAUGCCAACCUCACACCAGCCCAGCGAAGCUGCUGACCUCAAUCCAGAGACUACCAGCAGUCCUGAGACAAGCUUGGAGAAAAACAUGACUGCUACAACGACCAAUGGCACUGGAGCCCACACUACGGAGAAGGAUGCCUCCACCUCCACCACCCCCGUGGCAGGCAAUGAGGCAGAGGGACUGCAGGCUUCCCCCACCGCCAGCUCUGGGGACGUCGUGGUUACACACCAUGAGCACCGCAACGUGAGCCUGUCAGUUAACAGCAGCACUGAAAUCCCCUCCCCUUCCCCGGCUGCCAGCAGUCGGGAAGAAAAUCCACCUGGCAACGAAGGCACGGAGCCCUUGAGCACAGCGGAGGAAGUGGAUGCAGGCAGUGCAACCCCAACGCCGCCGCCGAACAGUGUGCCAGCAACAACCAACAGCUUGCAGUUGGGGCCAUCUGACAGCCAGACUGUGGGAUCUACAAUGACGAGAUCUGGGACCACACCAGGGAUGAGCCCUGGGAGUGCCACAGAGGAGGGCACCAUGGAGCCACAAACUGCCUCUGCCCCCUUCUCCACCAAAGGGAGCAUGUCCUCUGCUACUGCCUCCAGUGCUGUGACAGUGACCCCCGUUGUGACCACCUCCACCCCUACCAGCACAGCUGCUGUUACCACCAACGCAUCUGCACUAGAGCAGCCAGUACCACCCAUGCAUGAGAAAGCUUCUGUGUUGGAUGUUGGUGAUGAUGAAAAUCCAGAGCUGCCCAGCUCUCCUUUGGAUGAGACAACAAGGGCUGAUCCUUUGGUAAUCGCAGUGAUCUCUGUCUUCAUUGUCAUGGUGGGCAUCCUAGGCCUGGUGGGCUUCUUGAGAUACCGCCAGCAUAACAGCCGCAUGGAGUUUCGGCGCUUGCAGGACCUGCCUAUGGAUGACAUGAUGGAGGACACCCCACUCUCACUCUACAGCUACUAGGCAGCCAGGCUGUCCUCCGCCUGGCAGGCUGAACUUCCCAGAGGAGAAGGCCUCGAGGACUUGGUCCCGGAUGAGCUGCUGAGGAAUGAGUGGCUGUGAUUUGCACACGACUGAAAGAUCUUUUUCAAACGGCUUUUGGUUUUAGACUUUUUUAAAUAGUUCAAUGUUGACGUUUUUAUGCUGGGAAUCGGAGCCCAGGUCUGGCCCUUCCUCCAGGCUCUCCUCGAAAAAAUGCCCCAAAGAGGCGCUUUCUCCUUUUAGUGUUGUGGCCAGUUAGCCAAGACAGUGUUUGCCAGCAUGCUCUCAAGGGGCUCUUCUGCCCACCUUGGCAGCUGCUGCUUUCAAAGAAGGUGGGCAAGUGAUCCACACAAGAGCUCUUACACUGGUGGUGUCAGCACAGUGCCAGCAAAGGAGACUGUUGCUUCCCAAGGGACCUGAGGAUGGGGAGAUCAGUUCUCUUGGGCUCCCUCUUGUUCUGUAUCUUUUUAAGUUUUUCUUUUUUCUUGCACUUUUUUUGUUCCUGUUUCAGCUUUAGUGCUGGGUGUGGCACUGCCCAUCCUAAAAUGCCUGCCAGGAGGAUGGCAGACUGCUCUGCUUCCUUCCUACAUGCAUACCUUUUCUCUUCAACCAGGGAAAACAGUUUUGUGACCACUGGAGAAGUGCCCUUGCUACCUAAUGUUGCUUUGAAGUUGCCAGGAGGGAAUGAACAUAAUUUUAGCCUAAAAGGGUUCGAUAGGACUCAGUCUGUUGCCAAUUAGACACACUAAUUUGGUCUCACCAAGAUCAGGAGUCUGGGUCUCCCAGAGCUGAUGCUUUCAGCAUAUGCAUAAACUUCUUACCCAAGCUCAGUAAAUGCUUUAGUCCAUUUCCCUCUCUGGACUGACACAUACCUUUCCUCAGGUACCUUUCAUUUUGCUGCUAGCAUCUCAUUGCUGAAAGUUAUUGUACAAAACUGGUACUGAACUAUCCCUCCUCUGUAAGUGCAAGAUCAAAGUUCCUUUCUAACAUUGGUCUUUGAGGCCAGCUGAUGUCUUGUCAUGAGGACAAAUCCUGGAUGCAGGUGCCUUCCUCCCCUUCCCUUUCUAGGUGUUAGGAUGAUUAGAUUCUGCCCUUUUGCCUCAAGAUAUCACUGCUGUAAACUGCAUCCAAGGUGUUGCACCAAGGCUCCUGAGCUCCCUCAAGGAAAACCAUGGACCAGAGCCUCUGAGUGCAAGUCUGAGGAUCUUCACAUGUCCUGGCUGCAGAAAGACCAGAUUUGCGCAUGGCAGGAUUCCAAGUGUUGUAUGGAAGUCUUCAUGUAAGUAAUACCUGUUCCUGUUUGCUAGUUCCCAUUUGACAACAGGUAAAGAGAAACACAUGCCCAUCUCCCCUUCUCUAGACUGAUUUUUGAUGAAGCCAGUUGCUCCCUCAGGCUGCAGCAAGGGCUAGAGAUCUUCUAUCACAUUGCUCUUACAAAGUGCAGUCUCUCCUCUCCCUUUAGUGGCAGCACUCACUGACCCCCCCCCCCCCCCAACAAAGGACAGAGACCAACCUCUUGCCUCACUAGCAAAAGUACCUUUUUUUUUCAGUGCUGUUAUUUAUUGCUCAUAUUAGCGCAGAGGGAAGGGAAAGGGGAAUUUCCCCAACAGCAAGGCUCAAAUUAGUAAUCUCUACAAAACCCAAAGAUGGGUCUGCCUGUAGAGCAGAACUGGUCUGGGUUAAAUAGGUGAACUGGAUAAGGCAUUAGUUCUCCGUUCCUGCAUUACUACUUCCGAAGUCGCUGACAAAUGGCCAUAGCGCAGUUCUAGUUCAGCUGUUGGCUUUGGGUUCGUGUGUUUACUGUAAGGAUGCCCAGUACAAUAAGGAAGAAGGGUUGGUUCCCUCCUCCUAUUAUUGCAUGAAACUAAAGGGCAAUUGUCACAGCUCCAAAGCUUUUGUAUCAAGCGUUGUCUGCACAGAGCAAUCUCCCUAGCUACGGACUUGUUUCCCCUGCCGCAGGGCAGGGUGCUACUGCUUUUUUGGCACAAAAAGAGGCAAGUUAGUGGUGGAAAAUAAAACUCCAUCCUGGCUGAAACUGGUGUAGGCUGGUGUAGCUGGAAAGAGUCUCUGCAAACAACCCAAAAGGCAAGGGCUGGUUGUUCUGGUUUCCCAUGCAUCACUGUCCAGGGGAAAGGGGUGAGGAAUAAAACUCGCCAAACACCAAAGUGCAACUUUCUUUGUAAAAUAUGUUAAUAGUGGAUUUUUUCUGCAAUAAAGUUACAAAUGCCAAAGGUU